UUUUGGCCUGCUCUUGAUCGCUCAGCGCUCAUUGUCCAGCGCGAUCCACAAUCAUUACUCAACCAUGCAGGCAGGACAGACUCCAGUGUUCGUCAUGAACACUGCACCGGAGAGGCAGUCAGGAAGGAAAGCCCAGAUCUCCAACAUCACUGCCGCAAAGACUAUUGCUGAUGUUAUUCGAACGUGUCUUGGUCCAAAAGCCAUGCUCAAGAUGAUCCUCGAUCCAAUGGGCGGCAUACUACUGACAAAUGACGGAAACGCGAUUCUCCGUGAAAUCGACGUCGCACACCCUGCAGCAAAGAACAUGAUCGAACUCAGUCGUACCCAAGACGAAGAAUGUGGUGAUGGUACAACCAGCGUUAUCAUCCUUGCGGGAGAAAUUCUUGCCCAAUCCCUCUCGCAGCUUGAACGCGACAUCCACCCUGUUGUUAUCAUCUCCGCCUACAACAAAGCUCUCAAAGAAGCUCUCGCGAUCGUAAAUCGCAUCUCCAUCCCCAUUGACACGUCAUCCGAUGAAGAGAUGCUUUCUCUCAUUAAAACUUCCAUCGGCACCAAAUUCGUGGCACGCUGGAGCGAUUUGAUGUGCCAUCUAGCGCUUCAAGCUGUGCGCACCGUUGCCUCGGAUGACUCUGGACACAAGAGCGUUGACAUCAAGCGCUAUGCACGUGUUGAAAAAAUUCCAGGUGGGUCCAUUGAGGAGUCGAGAGUCCUCGAUGGUGUCCUUCUCAACAAAGACAUCACCCACCCAAACAUGCGCCGACGAAUCAAGAACCCACGUAUUAUUCUACUCGAUUGUCCCCUUGAGUACAAGAAGGGUGAGAGUCAGACCAACAUGGAAUUCUCCAAGGAGAGCGACUGGCAACGCGCACAGGAGAUCGAGGAGGAGCAGGUCAUUGCGCAGUGUAGACGUUUACUCGAAUUCAAACCCGAUCUUAUCAUUACCGAGAAAGGCAUAUCGGAUACGGCACAAUAUGUUUUUGAGCGAGCGAACAUUUCGGCUAUUCGACGCGUCCGCAAAUCAGACAACAACCGGAUUGCUCUAGCCGUUGGUGCAACCAUCGUGAACCGUGUGGAAGACCUCCGCGACUCCGAUAUUGGCACGGAAUGUGGGCUAUUCAAUAUCGAGAAGAUGGGGGAUGAAUAUUUCACAUUCCUUACCGAGUGCAAAAACCCCAAAGCGUGCACCAUUCUCCUCCGCGGCCCCUCCAAGGACAUACUCAAUGAAAUCGAUCGUAAUCUUGCAGAUGCUCUCAGCGUUGCGCGCAAUGCAUACUUCAAUCCUCUCCUCGCGCCGGGAGGAGGUGCGACCGAGAUGGCGAUCAGCGUGGGGUUGCACGCUAAGGCACGCAGCGUUACUGGGGUUGAGGGAUGGCCAUUCAGAGCUGUUGCAGAUGCUUUGGAGGUGAUCCCACGAACUCUGGUGCAAAAUAGUGGCGGAAAUGCUAUCAGGAUACUGACAGAGCUCAGGGCUAAGCAUGCAAACGGAGAGCAUUCGUGGGGCGUGAAUGGAGAGACUGGAAAGAUAGUCGAUAUGAAAGAAUACGGCUUGUACGAGAGUGCAAGCGUAAAGAUCCAAAUCCUGAAAACUGCAGUUGAGGUAUAUCUAUUGUUCAUCUCACGUGUGCUACCUACUUACCAUGUCUACAGGCUGCUCGUAUGCUAUUACGUGUCGACGACGUCGUACAAGCCACACGAAAAGAGCGCGAACAGCAAGGUCCCCCACCAGAGGAGAUGCAGGGCGAUUAAAAUUGAAGUAUAGAUGAAACGGAAAGCCGCGUUUUGUGCACGGUGACUUUAAGUGCAUUCAGAAUAUACUAAUUUACAUGUUUCGAAGUGUACCAUCUGCCAUGCUGUUUGCCAGCCAGAUCUUUUAAUGAACACACACUGCGCGCAGUGUGUGGCACAGAAGGAUGACUGCGUCCAACAUUAGCAUACGCCCUAGUUUGAGAGGUUCUUUGUAGUAAUGUCGCUCGUUUAAGAACCAUCAUGAUCACAGUUGGUCGAUCGGUGGGUCGGCGUACGUCUCAGUGUUGGCGAAGACCGAAUUCGAGCUGUGCGAUAUUUUCUGACUCGUCAAUAUGCACCAAAGUUUUAGCUUGUGAGUACUAAAAACAUCGCGCGCGAUGGUGAGUUAGGCUAUGUGCAUAGGAGGUGGAAACAUCAAACUACCGUGAUGGGAGUAGGGGUUUCGU